AUGUUAAAAUCUGUUGUUGGUGGUAAUGGUAAAAAAAAUUUACAAUGGUGUAAAUCAAAAGAAAACUUUCACUAUGUUCCUGAACAUACUCGUUUACUAGAUCGAGUAUAUUAUUUAAAAUUAGAAGAAGAUCUAUGGAAAAAUUAUUUAAUUUAUAGUGAAACAUACAAUUGUUGGACAUCACCCUUAUCAAAAACAUCAAUGGAAAAAUAUAUAGAAAAAAAUAAACAAAACAAAACAAAAGCUGAAGAAGAAGUACAAAAACAUGUUUUGCUAUUGAAAAAUUAUCAACAACCCAAUUCAAACAUUGAUGAACAACGGUUAUGGGUAGUUCUUUUAGCUUUAGUACGUAAAGGUCAAAAAAAAUUAUCUCAACAUUAUGAACAUCGAAAAAAACGUUUGAAAAAUAGUGCUCAAGAUUAUUCUUUAGUUAGGGCAUGUUAUGAUUGUCAACCGACGCAAGAUGAAAUUAUGUCCAUGCAAAUUAUUUGGCAAGCCACUAUUAAUGAAUGUAAAUCACAACAAAAUGUCGAUAUUUUAAAACAACAUCUUCAUAUGAAACGAAUACCUAAAUCAUUAGAUUAUCUUGAUCAAUCAUUUUCAAAUGUCGAACAUACAUUAGCUAGACCUAUUUAUAAUGAUAAUAUUCGAACAACACUUACAACACGUCAUAAAAAAAUUAUUGCACAAAAUAAACUUGACUUAAUGACACUUUAUAUUAGUAUGUCGGAAGCAGCUACAUGUGGUUCUCAUCAAUAUAGUGAAGAUGAGAAAAACAAAUUAAUCCAUCGUAUGAACCAAGAUUCACUUCGACAAUUUUUCGUCGAACCAUUUAUCCAAGCUAUUGAACAACGGCAAAAACGUAUUCGACAAUAUAUGCAAUAUGCAACAAAACGACGUCUUCAUUUUUUCUACCAUUGCUCCGAUGAUCGUCGACAAAAAUGGUAUCGUCGGAUCUAUCAUCUUAAUUUAUAUUGGGAUAUUCUUCCAUCCUCAUCUAUCAUUGAAGUUCAUACAAAAUUAACACCGGAACAAUUGGUAUUACUUUCCCGUGGACCAAAAUAUGUGCCACCAUGCCAAAGUCGAUUUUAUAAGAAGAAAAAGAAAGAAAAAUUAAUAGACGAAGAACAUAAUAAUAUUAUGAGUACAAUUACAGAAUUUUUCCGUCAACAUGGCUAUUAUAUAUCAAAAACACGUAUCGAUGAAUUUUCAAAUGAUCUUAAAAAUCUUCUUCUACGUCUUUAUACAAAAAAAUUAUCACGAAAAUUAUCUGUACGUGCAAAACUUGAACAUAAAUUAAUUAUGAGUAUUCGUCGUUAUUUACGCAAAUAUCAACAGGUGAUUUUACGACGAACAGAUAAAAGUAAAGUAUUUCAUUUAAGUGAUGCAAAUGAUUAUCAAAGAAAAGUACUUGAAUAUAUGCAAGAAACAGAAGCAUAUGAAGAAAUUACCUCUGGUAUAUCGCCAUUAACAGCGAAUUUAAAUCAAGUUACUUCACUGUUAAAUCUACUUUACCAUGUUGAAAAACCUUUAAUAACUAAAAAGCAAUAUGAAGCAAUGUAUCCAAAAGAAAAUGAAACUGAAUUAGCUCAUCUCUAUUUUAUACCAAAACCAGAUAAAGUAUAUAUAUGUUUUUUUACACAUAUGUAA